CCGAUCUGGUUGCCGCACUGGCCGGCCUGCAGGUGUACGAUCUCCCUCAUGGCGUCGGCGUCGGCGGCGGCGGUGGCGGCGCAGAUGGCGGCGGCGGAAGCGGCGGCGCACGAUGACCCCGGGCCUGCCCAAGAGCUGCUGGUGGCCUGGAAUACCGUGAGCACCGGACUGGUGCCUCCGGCCGCUCUGGGACUGGCAUCCUCCCGGACCAGCGGUGCGGUCCCUCCAAAGGAGGAGGAGCUCCGGGCGGCUGUGGAGGUUCUCAGGGGCCACGGUCUGCACUCGGUCCUGGAGGAGUGGUUCGCAGAGGUGCUGCAGAACGACCUGCAGGCUAACAUAUCCCUCGAGUUCUGGACUGCCGUCUCCCAACGUGAGAACUGUGCAGACGAGCCCCAGAGUCUUCUGCUGCUUCUUGAUGCUUUCGGGCUCCUGGAGAGCCGCCUGGAUCCCUACCUGCGUAGUCUAGAGCUCCUGGAGAAAUGGACUCGUCUGGGCUUGCUCAUGGGCACCGGUGCUCAGGGGCUUCGGGAAAAGGUUCAUACCACGUUGCGGGGCGUCUUGUUCUUUUCCACUCCCAGAACUUUUCAGGACAUGAUUCAGCGCCUCUAUGGGCGCUUCUUGAGGGUUUACAUGCAGAGUAAGAGAAAAGGAGAAGGAGGAACCGACCCCGAACUGGAGGGGGAAUUGGACAGCAGAUACGCCCGCCGCCGGUACUACCGCCUUCUGCAGAGCCCACUCUGUGCGGGAUGUGGCAGUGACAAGCAGCAGUGCUGGUGCCGCCAGGCACUGGAGCAGUUCCACCAGCUCAGCCAAGUCCUACACAGGCUUAGUCUGCUGGAGCGGGUCAGCGCCGAGGCUGUGACCGCCACCCUGCACCAAGCGACCCGGGAGAGGAUGGAGGACCGCUGCCGGGGCGAGUAUGAACGCUCCUUCCUGCGCGAGUUCCACAAGUGGAUUGAGAGGGUGGUCGGCUGGCUGGGCAAGGUGUUCCUGCAGGAUGGGCCCAGCAGGCCUGCGUCCCCAGAGGCUGGGAGCAGCCUGCGCCGGUGGCGCUGCCACGUGCAGAGGUUCUUCUAUCGUGUCUACGCUAGCCUGCGCAUUGAGGAGCUCUUCAGCAUCAUCCGAGACUUCCCGGACUCCCGGCCAGCCGUGGAAGACCUCAAGUACUGCCUGGAGAGGACCGACCAGAGGCCGCAGCUUCUUGUGUCCCUCAAGGCUGCCCUGGAGACGCGACUCCUCCACCCAGGCGUGAACACGUGUGACAUCAUCACCCUGUACAUCUCCGCCAUCAAGGCGCUGCGUGUGCUGGAUCCCUCCAUGGUUGUCCUGGAGGUGGCCUGUGAGCCCAUUCGCCGCUACCUGAGGACGCGGGAGGACACGGUGCGGCAGAUCGUGGCAGGGCUGACCGGGGACUCGGACGGGACGGGGGACUUGGCUGUCGAGCUGUCCAAGACGGACCCGGCAAGCCUGGAGACCGGCCAGGACAGCGAGGAUGACUCCGGCGAGCCAGAGGACUGGGUCCCCGACCCUGUGGACGCGGAUCCAGGGAAGUCUAGCUCUAAGCGGCGCUCCUCGGACAUCAUCAGCCUGCUGGUCAGCAUCUACGGCAGCAAGGACCUCUUCAUCAACGAGUACCGCUCGCUGCUGGCCGACCGCCUCCUGCACCAGUUCAGCUUCAGCCCCGAGCGGGAGAUCCGCAACGUGGAGCUGCUGAAGCUGCGGUUUGGCGAGGCCCCGAUGCACUUCUGCGAGGUUAUGCUCAAGGACAUGGCAGACUCGCGCCGCAUCAAUGCCAACAUCCGCGAGGAGGACGAGAAGCGGCCCGCAGAGGAGCAGCCGCCGUUCGGGGUCUACGCCGUCAUCCUCUCCAGCGAGUUCUGGCCGCCCUUCAAGGAUGAGAAGCUGGAGGUUCCUGAGGACAUCAGGGAGGCCCUGGAGGUCUACUGCAGGAAGUACGAGAAGCUGAAGGCCAUGCGGACGCUCAGCUGGAAGCACACCUUGGGCCUGGUGACCAUGGAUGUGGAGCUGGCUGACCGCACCCUGUCCGUGGCGGUGACCCCUGUGCAGGCGGUGGUCCUGCUGUACUUCCAGGACCAAGCCAGCUGGACCCUGGAGGAGCUGAGCAAGGUGGUGAAGAUGCCCGUGGCGCUGCUGCGGCGGCGGCUGUCGGUGUGGCUGCAGCAGGGCGUGCUGCGCGAGGAGCCGGCCGGCACCUUCUCGGUGGUGGAGGAGGAGCGGCCCCAGGACCGGGACGGCAUGGUGCUCGUCGACAGCGACGACGAGAGCGACUCGGGCCUGGCCUCGCAGGCCGACCAGAAGGAGGAGGAGCUGCUGCUCUUCUGGACCUACAUCCAGGCCAUGCUGACCAACCUGGAGAGCCUGUCGCUGGAGCGCAUCUACAGCAUGCUGCGCAUGUUCGUGGUCACCGGCCCCGCGCUGGCCGAGAUCGACCUGCAGGAGCUCCAGGGCUUCCUGCAGAGGAAGGUGCGCGACCAGCAGCUCGUCUUCUCCGCCGGCGUCUACCGCCUGCCCAAGAGCUGCGGCUGAGCCGUCGCCAGGCCCCGCCCCCGGCCCACACCCCCGCCCGGCCCCCAGGAUGCGAGUAAAGCCCACGGUUCUCCCUCCCUCUCUGUCCUGCUGGCUCUGUGGGCUUCGUGGACAUGCGGUCAGGUUCUCCCUCCAGACCAGCCUACAACAGAGCCUGGCAGAGCCCGGCACCCAGGAGUUGGUGGGGAGCUGCGCACCUGUGCUUGGGCUCCAGGCCGGGAGUCCUGGCACGUGGUGUCUCUGGGCCACCGUGGCUGACAGGCCCCCGUCGCUCUCGUGGCUUGGGCAGGAGCUCACGGGGGGUGGGCUGUUUGGGAGGUGGGCCCUCCUGGACCCCCCUCCUGAGGGACCUCCAGCUCCAGCCUCACCCCUCCGGCCUUUGAAAGAAGCCCUCGGGUCCCCCUCUCUCUGCCCGGCACGAGG